GGCUGGGAGGAGAUGGAGCCCGAGGCCGGCGACCACGGCCCGGCCUGCCGCAGUCUCCACAGCCGCCCCGGAGAGAUGAAGCUGCGGAAGAGGAAGUCCACGCUGUACGUGAACACGCAGGAGAAGCGCUCGCGGCGCCGCGAUCUUCUGGGAGAAAACACUCACCUGGUCUUGUUUACCAUCGCUCUACGAGUGUUUAACUGCUUCCUCGUCCAGACAAGUUUUGUCCCCGAUGAGUACUGGCAGUCUCUUGAAGUUGCACACCACAUGGUUUUCAGUUAUGGCUAUCUGACCUGGGAAUGGACGGAGAGACUGAGGGGUUACACUUACCCCCUCAUCUUUGCGAGCAUUUACAAGAUUCUGCAUCUCUUGGGGAAAGACAGUGUUCAACUGCUGAUCUGGAUUCCCAGACUGGCCCAAGCUCUUCUGUCUGCUGUAGCGGAUGUAAGGCUUUACUCGCUCAUGAAGCAAGUGGGAAAACAGGAGGUGGCCCGAUGGGUGUUCUUUUGCCAGCUGUGCUCUUGGUUCACGUGGUACUGCUGUACCCGAACCCUCACGAACACCAUGGAGACCACCCUCACUGUAAUUGCCCUUUCCUACUACCCUCUGGGAGGCUCAAGGUCCAGAAGCAGUGUCAGGUACCCGCUCCUGGUUGCGUUGGCUUGCCUCAUCCGCCCCACAGCUCUGAUCCCAUGGGUGCCGCUACUCUUCAGACAUUUCUACCAAGAACAGAGAAAGCUCCAUCUGGUCCUGCAUCAUUUUUUACCUGUGGGAUUUAUAACCUUCAGUUUGUCUCUGAUAAUUGAUCGUAUCUUUUUUGGCCAAUGGACGUUGGUCCAGUUUAAUUUUUUGAAAUUUAACGUGAUGCAGAAUUUGGGGACAUUCUAUGGCUCUCAUCCAUGGCACUGGUACUUCAGUCAAGGGGUUCCAGUUGUCCUGGGAACACACUUACCCUUCUUUAUUCAUGGCUGCUUCCUGGCCCCCCGGAGGCUCCACAUACUACUGCUGACCAUACUGUGGACAGUGCUGGUGUACAGCAUGUUGGGCCACAAAGAAUUCAGGUUUAUCUAUCCAGUUUUACCAUUUUGCAUGGUGUUCUGUGGAUACUCACUAGCCCACCUGAAGGCGUGGCGGAAGGCAGCUCUGAGCUUCCUGCUCUUGUCAAAUCUGCUGCUGGCACUCUACACUGGCCUCGUUCAUCAGAGAGGCACUCUGGAUGUCAUGAAUCACAUUCAGCACGUCUGCCCCAGAGGUCCUGACCCAGCCUCAGCCUCCGUGUUCAUCAUGAUGCCUUGCCACUCCACUCCUUACUACAGCCAUGUUCACUGCCCACUGUCCAUGCGGUUUCUCCGGUGUCCCCCAGACUUGACUGGAAAAACUCAGUAUCUUGAUGAAGCAGAUGUGUUCUACCUCAAUCCCUCGAGCUGGCUACAACAGGAGUUUCGGAGCAAUGCAUCACUCCCCAGCCACUUGGUCACGUUCAGUGUCCUGGAGAAGGAGAUCCAUGCCUUCCUCACUUCGGGGAGCUAUGAGAGGACUGCUAUUUUCUUCCAUACUCACUGGCCAGAGGGUCGAACAGGAAGUCACAUACAUGUCUACGAACGAAGGUUAACUGGCAGAGUCAACACAGGAGGGAACUGAACUGUGAGGAUGCCUGCAGAGAGGUUGGCAUAACUGAGGGAAACGUCUGGAGAUUCGUGACAUGAAGAGGAAGCCACUUGGGGACAGCUGGACCAUACACUACACUGAGGCAUUCUGGGAAAACACUAACACGACGCCAGAUUUGAAAGAGACCUUUGGUUUUCCUCACGUGCAGUUUAUUGUUCUUCCACAGUGUUGAGGUGUGCAAGAGUGUUCACAAGAACAAGUCAGCAAGCUCCUCACAAGCCAAUGGGCUCUUGAUCCCACAGAGAGACAAAAGCAGGAGAGUAGACAUGUUAGAGCGGAGUCCCACCUCAGCUCACUCCAGUCAUACUGCACACCUCAAGACGGCACUCACCACCCUGUACGAGAAAGCUGAGCUUCUGUAAGCUCGGCUCCUCAAACCAAGCCUUGUUUCAUGCAUAGAAUAUUUCAUGCCUGGCUUCCUUAAUAAAACUACCUUUUUUUUUCAGGGCAAAAAAAAAAAAAAGUUUUGUUU